AUGGGAGAAGCAGAAGUUAAACGUUUAGCAGGAAGACCACCACUUGUUACAAUCCUUAUUCUUUUAAUUGGUCCUCUUUGUUCUCAAAUUACUAGCGCUUUAUAUGGUAUUAUUAACACAAUAUGGAUAUCUAGAUAUAUUGGUGAGGCAGGAAUGGCAGCAGUAGCAACAGAUAAUAUAUGGGAAGGAUUUGCACGUUCAUUUGGAUUAUUUUUAUCAGUUGCAGGGAGUUCACAAAUUUCUGCACUCUUUGGAAAAAACUUAUUUGAAGAGGCUAACCAAGUUGCAGCUGAUUUAUAUAGAAUUUCUAUAAUCUGUGGAAUCAUUGUACCAGCAAUCAUUAUUCCUAUCAAUAAACCAUUUUCCCGAUGGUUCAAAGCGAAUGAAAUUACAACACAGUUAGCUUUUGAUUACAUUAUUCCUCAAGCAGCUGGAAACGUUCUCACAUGCAUAUUUUUGACGAAUGUAGGAUUUCUUCAGGCAGAAGGAAGGACACUUCUUGUUGGAAUCAUUGAUAUUGUUUCUCUAGGAAUUGGUAUGGGCGUUUUGAAUCCAAUCUUUUUAGGAAGGCUUCACACUGGAAUUGUUGGUCCAUCAUAUUCAACAAUUAUUGCAGAUGGAGUUCCGGGAUUUAUUUUAACAUUUCUUUAUUUUAAAGGACGAUUUGGAAUCAAGCCAAAGCUGAGCGGUUUAUUGAAACCAUUUAGCAGACAUACAUUUGAAGCUCUUAUUACUGGAAGUUCUCAAUUAAUUUCCCAGAUUAGUACAUUUAUUCCAGGUAUUUUCUUAAGAAGACUGAUUGGUUUGUCAUUGAAUGGAUCUUCAGAGUAUGAUAACGCCAUGGCUGCAUUCAAUGUUCUUUCAAGAUUCGUUAACAUUGUUGUUGCUGUAAUUUUAGCAUUCUGCACAGGAUUUCUCCCAGCAGCUUCUUAUGCUUUUGCAGCAAAGAAAUAUAAAAGAUAUCUCAGGCUCGCUCUACAUCUUAAUUGGAUCACUUUUGCCUGGUGCAUUAUAAUGUUCAUUUUCGGAAUGUGGUAUCCAGUUCAAAUUGCAAAAAUAUUUGGAAGCGGAGAUGAUUUUAUUCGAUGGAAUAUUCUUGAGUUGCCCAAUUCAAAUUGGGGAACAAUCGUGUUUUUCGUCAGAUACACAUUUCAGACAAUGCUUCAAUCUCAACAAAGAGGUAAAAGAUCCAUGAUUAUUAGUUUCACUUCCAAUUUCGUUGUCACCAUUGCAACUGCGUAUAUGAUGUAUUAUAUAGAUACUUCAAAAACAGAAAGAAUAUUAUGGAGUUUUUGCCUCUCUUCUUAUGUAGGAAUGAUUCUCGGAACCAUAUUACUUGCCAAACCUUUACUAGAAAUUUUCAGGGAAUCAAAGCAAAAUAAUGAGGAGAAAGAAUCAACAACAAAAAGUGAUCAAGAGAUUGAUGACGAGGAUUCAGAUGUUCAGGCUCCAAUUCAUGAAUUAUAA